AUUGGGUCUUGAUAUAGAAGAUGAAAGACCUUACGAUCCAAUGGAAAUUAAUCUUGCGAUUCUUAAUACUGCAAAAAGGAUUGGAGGGAAUCCUACUAUGAAUAUAGUUAAUACAUCCCGAACUGUUAGAAAAAAGAAACCACCUAUUAGAAAGAGAGUUAUUAAAAAGGUUGUUGGACCCAAGAAUAAACAAGUAAACUUGGUUACCUAUGAAGAAGCAACAGAAGAUCCUAAUAAUGAGGAAGAGGAGGUUUAUGAAGAGAUAGUUUAUGAGGACAAGGAUAAUGAAAAUGUUGAGUAUGUAGAAGUUGAGGAUAGUCCUAAAGAGACGCUUUGCAAUAAUUCUACUAUAGCUAUGAAUCUUUUAGAGCAAAAAGUUAGUAAGAUUUGUAAAAAAAUUUUUCAAAAUGAGCUUAGAAAUAUUCUUAACAAAUUUAAAACUCUUUUAUCUUCUUAUAAUUUAUCACCAGAAUUAGCAAGUUCUAUAGCUUUAGAUGAACCUAUGGAUAUUAAUUUGGUACAUCGUCCUGCUAAUGAUCUUACAAUUGCUGAAUGUAGAAUUAAUAAUAUUUUAAUUCCCAAAGCAGUAUUGGAUGGAGCAAGGUGUCUUGGAUUAAAAAUUGAUACAACCAAUCCUCCAUCUCUCGAGGGAGUUGCUACUAAUGCCAGCUCAUAUGGAUGGUGUUAUAAU